CCCCUUCUCCCCGGCGGUUAGUGCUGAGAGUGCGGAGUGUGUGCUCCGGGCUCGGAACACACAUUUAUUAUUAAAAAAUCCAAAAAAAAUCUAAAAAAUCCUUUGAAAAAACCCAAAAAAAAUUUACAAAAAAUCCGCGUCUCCCCCGCCGGAGACUUUAUUUUUUUUCUUCCUCUUUUAUAAAAUAACCCGGUGAAGCAGCCGAGACCGACCCGCCCGCCCGCGGCCCCGCAGCUCCAAGCAGGAACCCAGAGACCGAGGCCUUCCUGCCGCCCGGACCCAGCACCGCCAGCCUCGCUCCCCCGGUUCCACGGCCGUUGAGUACGCGUCGAUUCCGGUUGAAUUUUGUCCCUCUGCGCUCGCCCCCGCUCCCCUCCCCCCGGCUUCGUCCCCCGGCCCCGCACUCGCUCUUCUCCUCUCACGGGAAAGGUCGCGGCCUGCGGCCCCGCGGGCAGCCGUGCCGAGAUGAACCCCAGCGCCCCCAGCUACCCCAUGGCCUCUCUGUACGUGGGGGACCUGCACCCCGACGUGACCGAGGCGAUGCUCUACGAGAAGUUCAGCCCGGCCGGGCCCAUCCUCUCCAUCCGGGUCUGCAGGGACAUGAUCACCCGCCGCUCCUUGGGCUACGCGUACGUGAACUUCCAGCAGCCGGCGGACGCGGAACGUGCUUUGGACACCAUGAAUUUUGAUGUUAUAAAGGGCAAGCCAGUACGCAUCAUGUGGUCUCAGCGUGAUCCAUCACUUCGCAAAAGUGGAGUAGGCAACAUAUUCAUUAAAAAUUUGGACAAAUCCAUCGAUAAUAAAGCACUGUAUGAUACGUUUUCUGCGUUUGGUAACAUCCUUUCCUGUAAGGUGGUUUGUGAUGAAAAUGGCUCCAAGGGCUAUGGAUUUGUACAUUUUGAAACACAGGAAGCAGCUGAAAGAGCUAUUGAAAAAAUGAAUGGGAUGCUUCUAAAUGAUCGGAAAGUGUUUGUUGGACGAUUUAAAUCUCGGAAGGAACGAGAAGCAGAACUUGGAGCAAGAGCAAAGGAGUUCACCAAUGUUUACAUCAAGAACUUUGGAGAAGACAUGGAUGAUGAGCGCCUUAAGGAACUCUUUGGCAAGUUUGGGCCUGCCUUAAGUGUGAAAGUAAUGACGGAUGAAAGUGGAAAAUCCAAAGGGUUUGGAUUUGUAAGCUUUGAAAGGCAUGAAGAUGCACAGAAAGCUGUGGAUGAGAUGAAUGGAAAGGAACUCAAUGGAAAACAGAUUUAUGUUGGUCGAGCUCAGAAAAAAGUGGAACGCCAGACGGAACUUAAGCGCAAAUUUGAGCAGAUGAAGCAAGACAGGAUCACCAGAUAUCAGGGUGUGAACCUUUAUGUAAAAAAUCUUGAUGAUGGUAUUGAUGAUGAGCGUCUCCGGAAAGAGUUUUCUCCAUUUGGUACAAUCACCAGUGCAAAAGUAAUGAUGGAGGGUGGGCGCAGCAAAGGGUUUGGUUUUGUAUGUUUCUCAUCCCCUGAAGAAGCCACUAAAGCAGUUACAGAGAUGAAUGGUAGAAUUGUGGCCACGAAGCCACUAUAUGUAGCUUUAGCUCAGCGCAAAGAAGAGCGCCAGGCUCACCUCACUAACCAGUAUAUGCAGAGGAUGGCAAGUGUCCGAGCUGUGCCCAACCCCGUGAUCAACCCCUACCAGCCAGCACCUCCUUCAGGUUACUUCAUGGCAGCUAUCCCACAGACUCAGAACCGUGCUGCAUACUAUCCUCCUAGCCAAAUUGCUCAACUAAGACCAAGUCCUCGCUGGACUGCUCAGGGUGCCAGACCUCAUCCAUUCCAGAAUAUGCCCGGUGCUAUCCGCCCAGCUGCUCCUAGACCACCAUUCAGUACGAUGAGACCAGCUUCCUCACAGGUUCCACGAGUCAUGUCAACACAGCGUGUUGCUAACACAUCAACACAGACAAUGGGUCCACGUCCUGCAGCUGCUGCUGCUGCAGCCACUCCUGCUGUCCGCACCGUUCCUCAGUAUAAAUACGCUGCGGGAGUCCGCAAUCCCCAGCAACAUCUUAAUGCACAGCCACAAGUUACCAUGCAACAGCCUGCUGUUCAUGUGCAAGGUCAAGAACCUUUAACUGCUUCCAUGUUGGCAUCUGCACCCCCACAAGAGCAAAAGCAAAUGUUGGGUGAACGGCUGUUUCCUCUUAUUCAAGCCAUGCACCCUUCUCUUGCUGGCAAAAUCACUGGCAUGCUUUUGGAGAUUGAUAACUCGGAAUUACUUCACAUGCUUGAGUCUCCAGAGUCUCUCCGCUCAAAGGUUGAUGAAGCUGUAGCUGUACUACAAGCCCACCAAGCGAAAGAGGCUGCCCAGAAAGCAGUGAACAGUGCCACUGGUGUUCCAACUGUCUAAAUUGAUCAGGGACCACGAACAGAAACUCGUGCUUCACCGAAGAAAAAUAUCUUAAACAUCGAAAAAUUUAAAUAUUAUGAAAAAAACAUUGCAAAAUAUAAAAUAAAUAAAAAAAGGAAAGGAAACUUUGAACCUUAUGUACCGAGCAAAUGCCAGGUCUAGCGAACAGUGCUAGUCCUAGAUUACUUGAUUUAAAACAACAAAAAAAAAAUACAAAAAAAUAGUAAAAUAUAAAAACAAAUUAAUGUUUUAUAGACCCCGGGAAAAGAAUUUUCAGCAAAGUACAAAAAUUUAAAGCAUUCCUUUCUUUAAUUUUGUAAUUCUUUACUGUGGAAUAGCUUGGGACGUCGGUUCUGUUUUAAGGAGCAGAACUGAUGACUGAGCAAGGAAACGUAAUUUGGAUUAUAAAAUUCUUGCUUUAAUAAAAAUUCCUUAAACAGUA